GAUAACAAACUAGUGAUAACAUUUUGUACAACGUAAAAUUGGAAUGUCCGUUCGCAAUUCGGUUUUAUUAUUUUUAAAUAGUGAUUAAUCCUGAUCGAGUAGGUAUUGUAUUUUAUUCGUGAAAGUGCUACGUACCUAAAUAUGUCAUUUCGAUCGUCAAGUGAAACACACAGUAGGAAACAGAUAAAAUAUGUGUACGAACUUCCAUACUAUGAACGAAACGAAUUGUGCUUAUGUUUGGAUUUGAACAAUAAAUGGAAAGAUUUGGGAGGCAUAUACUUGCACUUCGAUUACCGUACAUUGAACAGAUUUGAAAUGGCCGCUCAUCAUCGUUCUCCCACAGACAGUUUAUUGAGCGAAUGGGGCAGUCAGAAUGGCACAAUUGUGAAAUUAUUCAAAUACCUACAUAAAAUGCGCAACUACCAAGCUAUGAAAAUACUAAAACCAUUCGUCGAUCCGCAAUAUCAUUCUUAUAUCCAAGACGAAGACGAUUCAAAUAUUUCUUUCUCCACUGAUAUCGAAUUCAACGUAGGUAAUCAUUCUUCACCUUCAAAUCCAGUCAGUGCAUCAAACAGAAAUAGAGUAUCAAACAGAUCAAAUGCUGCUCAACCUCCAGCUGCAUCACUAACAUCUCAACAACGAUCAGGAUCCGGUUCUGGAGACACCCCAGCCACCCUGGAAACCAACUUGACAAGAAUGUCUUUAGAUGCCUGUUCCCUUCAUAUAUCGUAUAGGGAAUUACAAGAAGCGACUAGAGAUUGGGAUAGAAGACUUACACUAGGAAAAGGUGGCUUUGGAGUAGUUUUCAAAGGUUCUUGGAAGAAUACUUCGGUAGCUGUUAAACGACUCGAAGCACAGAGACCUAAUGACCCUCACUAUAACGCAGCGGAAGUUCAAAGACAGCAGUCAUUAAGAGAGCUAAAGUAUUUAAAUAAUUAUAAACACGAUAACAUUUUGCCCCUUUAUGGAUACAGUAUCGACGGAGAGAAACCUUGCUUAAUUUAUCAGUUCAUGUCAAAUGGUUCCCUAGAAGAUCGAUUGCAAUGCAGACAAGGAACCAGAGCUUUAUCAUGGUGGCAACGUGUAACAAUUGCAAAUGGAUCAGCCAGAGGAUUACAAUUUUUGCACAGUAUGGAGGUUCCCUUGAUUCAUGGCGAUAUCAAAAGUGCCAACAUACUUCUGGAUAGCAAUUUUGUGCCAAAAAUUGGAGAUUUUGGUUUGGCGAAAGAAGGUCCUAUCAAAGAUAUCACUCACGUAGAAAUAACCAAAGUACAAGGUACUAAACCUUAUUUACCUCAUGAGUUUCUUCGAGGUAGGAAAUUAUCAGUCAAAGUGGACACUUAUGGAUUUGGAGUGGUGUUAUUCGAGUUAGCAACUGGUUUAAGAGCUUAUGACGAGUCAAGAAAGGAAAGAUUUUUGAGAGAUCAUUGUCACGAAGCAGAAAAUAAUUCUAUUAAUUUAAAAGACUCGAAGGCUGGACCAGAAGAAGAUUAUUAUUACGUGCUUUUGAUCAAAUUGGGAAUUCAGUGCACUCACGAUACUGCCAAAGGUAGGCCUUUCAUGGCCAUCGUGUUGAAAGAAUUGGAUAAUAUGAUGGAAAGUAGACAAUUACUGAACAGAAUGACUGCAUCACAUAUCGAACGACGACCAUCUAUACCACCAGGCUCACAUUCAAAUUUAGUCCCCCACUACUUAUACCCGAGUCCCCCCGCCAGUAGACCAGCUGUGCUGAGUACAUCGCCUACAGCCCCCUCACAUUUACAACGUCAAGUCCUGGGAACCAUAGAAGCGAGUACUAUGGACAUCCAAAGGAGAAUAUCUCCAGUGAGAGUUACUCCUCCAAUGAGUACUCAAAAUCCGACCAAUGAACCAAUUUUGUCUCCUUCUCCCUCGACUCCCUCUGAUAAACAAACAGAAAUACAAGUCUUUCCACAAAUCAAUGUGCAACCUUCCACUCCACAACCCGUUGAUGAUACUGAACCUUCUUUUGGAACUUCAACCACCUGUACGGCUUCGAAUGUGGAAAACAACGAUUAUAUAUUCGAAGGUGAAAAUCAAAGUGAUCUAGAUAACAUGCCUAUACCAGUAAGCAGUAUUUUGGAGAAUUAGAAGAAUUAAAUGGAUGUACUAUGGAAAUAGUACCUAUAUUGUUGCAUUUACAAUUGUUUUAUCGCGUUUUUAUUCUUAUGAAAUAAUGAGCUUCGAGGAUUGUGAUUUAUGUUAACUAUGCAGUGCCUCUUAAAAUGUAAUAUUAUUUCUUCCAUAAGUUAUUUGUAAAAUAAGUGACAGAUUUAGUGAAAAUCAACGAGUUUUCUGGUUUCAUUCAAUUAUUUUACUGGGCCCCCUAGACCAAAAACUGAAUCAUGUCUGAUAUUUUAUAUUUUACUUAAUAGUUGUUACUCGUUAGUUUCAGGUUCUUAAAUUGUGCUUUAGCACUCUUUUUUAUUUCUAAUAUGAUUCAGUCAGAAUAGUGCAAUAUUGUGUGAUAAUUGAUAAAGUUAUGAACUUUUGAUUUUUUUUUGUUAUUUGUUACCAUGUUUUUACCAUUUAUAUCUUUUUCCUUCAAAUUUUUGUUUUCUAAUGAUCAAGUUAAUAGACGAGUACCUUAAUAAAAACACAUUUUCAACUGUGAA